AUGCCAGUAGAUUUGAGUACAGGUUCCAUUCCACCAAUUUAUCGUAAUUUAUUUGAAAUGAUUAAUUUACAUGGUAUUGAUAAAUUAACACUUGCUGUAUUUGUACCUUUAUUUGAAUCAAAUACGUUGACACAAACAAUAUUAAAUCAGAUUUGGACUGCUGUCAUAAAGACAAAUUCAAUUUCUUCACGUAAUGAUUUUUAUAAAUGUUUGGCAUUAAUGGCACUGGUUCAACAAGGAAAAAAUGUCGAUGAAAAGUUACUUGAUAAUUAUGUAAACCGAGAAUUACCGAUUCCAACACUAGACGCUUUGAAUGAGUUAGAAGAUCGUUUAAUUCGUAUACUACGUAGUGAUCAAGGAAAAACUACACUUUGCUUUCGUUAUGGUGAUCUUUGUUCAUUAGAUACUAUUCAAGUUAAUGUUGCACCUGAGAAAAAAGGUGUUAUUAUACGACAUUUUGAAUAUGAAGUAACAAGCAUGCAUUACAAGAACAAGGUUUCACGUCGAUAUAAUGACUUUGUCGCUUUGCAUGAACUAUUAUCUUUAAAAUAUCCCUUUCGAAUAAUACCACAACUUCCACCAAAAAAGACUGUUAAUGUUGACAAAGAAUUUAUUGAAGAACGUCGUCGAUCAUUAAAACGUUAUCUUCAAAUUUUAUGUCGACAUCCAACUAUUUGUGAAAUAGAAAUUAUUAAAUUUUUUUUAACUUUUCAAGGAACAUCAUGUGGUGAUAAUAUGAAAGCAACGUUUAAAAAUACACUUGAUGAAUUCAGUUGUGAACCACCAACAUCAUCCAGUUCUAUCGAUAGAAUCGAAAGACACGAAGAAGAUUCAACUGGUAUUCGAAUGUUUCGUAUAAGUGAAACACAUAUAUCAUUUCUUUAUCAACAAUUUUCUCAAAUUCGUACUUAUUUAAAAAAUAUAAAUGAACGAAAUUUUAAAACUGCUGAUGAAUAUUUAGCAAUUGAAAAAUCUUUACAAUUAAUAAGUUCAGACUCAACACGAAUCGAACGAUGGGCUACUGGUCUUAAUGAUUAUUGGCCAACAAUACAAGGUGGUCUUGCUACAUUACCUUUUGAAAUAAAUGCUGUUGCAGAACGUAUUAAUGAAGAAUGUAGAUAUGCAGAUGAAGUUAUUAAUGAUCAUCUUGAUAUGUUAAUUGAAUUACUUCAAGGAUAUAAAGAUUUAUGUAAACGAUUCGAAGAAGCUUUACAAAUUGAACAACGAGCUAUUCAAAAAGCAACAAAUCAAAACAAACGUUCAUUAACAACAAAUGAAGUAUCAACAAAAAAUGAUAAUCUUAAUUCAAUUGAAAAACGUAAUAAUCAUGCACUUAAAUGUAUACAAACUGAAACACAAUUAAUCUAUGCAAAUUUAGAAGCAUUCGUUUAUAUAUUAAGUAGUUUGGGAAAUAUUCAAUCGAAAGUUUCAUCUGAUCUUCUCGAUAUUUGGAAAUCAUUUUCAAAUAAAAUCUCUGAACUUGGACAAACAUAUGUUAAUAAAUCAUCAAUACAAAGAACAAAUACAAUCGGAUUAAAAAAUAAAUAA